GAGCUGGCCGUGGCCGCCGCCUGCGCUGGCGGCGCGUGCAGUCUCGGCGGCGCCGCCGCCGCCGAGGCGCUCGCGCUCGGCGCCCAGCCGCCAAUGGCCAUGUCGUCCGAGGCGCCAGUUUUCGUGCCGUCCGCGGGCCUCAGCGCCGAGGCCGCGCCCGCGGGCGAGGCCGAGGAGGCCAGGGCGGGGAAGCCCGCCGCCCCGGUCACCUCGGACACGAGCACGGAGGUGGGCGACAGCGAGGGGGAGGACGAGCGCGGCGGCCCAGCAGGGGCGCGGUGCCCAGGGCCCGCGGCCGAAGCGGCACCGCUGGCUUGA